UGCCAGCCCUCAGAGCCUGCCGAGCUGCCGGCCAGUGCUGACCGAAUGGCCAGGAGCAGGAGCAAGGCCACCCUCCGUGUGUGGCUGGUGUGCCCUGGGCUGCUCGGCUGUUUCCUGCUGGGCUUUCUUACGGGCUGGUAUACAAAACAGACCGAGAAAAACCCCAGCUCUUCAGAUGUCCAUCAAAAUGUGAGACAGAAACUUGUGGCUGAAAUGAAAGCAGAGAACAUCAGGAAAUUUCUUCGUUCAUUUACCAAGUUGCCUCACCUCGCAGGAACAGAACAGAAUCUUCUUCUUGCCAAAAAAAUUCAAGGCCAGUGGAAGGAAUUUGGACUGGAUUCAGCAGAACUUGUUAAUUAUGAUGUGCUUCUUUCAUACCCAAAUGCAAAGCAGCCAAACUACAUUUCACUAAUUGAUGAUCAAGGGAAUGAGGUUUUCAAUACAUCAUUGUUUGAACCACCUCCACAGGGGUAUGAAAAUGUUACUGAUAUACUACCACCAUAUAAUGCUUUUUCAGCACAAGGAGUGCCAGAGGCAGAGCUGGUGUACGUGAAUUAUGGUCGUACAGAAGAUUUUUUUAAGCUGGAGCGUGAAAUGGGAAUUAACUGUACAGGAAAGAUUGUCAUUGCCAGAUAUGGGAAGAUCUUCAGAGGAAACAAAGUUAAAAAUGCCAUAUUAGCAGGAGCCCAAGGGAUCAUACUUUACUCAGACCCUGCUGACUACUGUGCUCCAGGAGUAGAUGCUUAUCCAGGUGGCUGGAACCUUCCAGGUGGAGGAGUCCAACGUGGGAAUGUUUUAAAUCUGAAUGGAGCUGGGGACCCUCUAACGCCAGGUUAUCCUGCAAAAGAGUACACUUUCAGGCAUAAAGUUAAUGAAGGUGUAGGGAUUCCCAAAAUCCCGGUUCAUCCCAUUGGAUAUCAUGAUGCAGAAGUAUUACUGCGUGCAAUGGGAGGACCUGCAGCUCCAGAUAGCAGCUGGAAGGGAAGUCUUAAUGUAUCUUAUAACAUAGGGCCAGGAUUCACAGGCACCUCUUCUACAAGAAAAGUCAGAAUGCAUGUUCAUACAAGCAAUAGAAUAACACGAAUUUACAAUGUCAUUGGCAUCCUCAGGGGAGCUCAGGAACCGGACAGGUAUAUAAUUUUAGGUGGCCAUAGAGACUCUUGGGUGUUUGGUGGUAUUGAUCCAACUACGGGUGCCGCUGUUCUGCAAGAAAUUGUACGGAGUUUUGGUAAAAUGAAGAUGGAAGGUUGGAGACCUAGGCGAACUAUUAUUUUUGCUAGUUGGGAUGCAGAAGAAUUUGGAUUAUUGGGUUCCACGGAGUGGGCUGAGGAAAAUGCCAAAAUCCUUCAGGAACGGGCAGUCGCUUACAUCAACACAGAUUCUUCUAUAGAAGGUAACUACACAUUAAGAGUUGACUGUACCCCUCUUCUCUACAAACUGGUGUAUAAUCUGACGAAAGAGAUUUCAAGCCCUGAUGAAGGUUAUGAAAAUAAAUCUCUUUAUGAGAGCUGGCUUGAGAAAGAUCCCGCAUCUGAAAAUAAUGCCUAUCCCAGAAUAAAUAAACUGGGGUCGGGCAGUGAUUUUGAAGCUUACUUCCAGCGACUGGGAAUUGCAUCAGGCAGAGCUCGUUAUACCAAGAAUAGGAAAGCAGACAAAUUCAGCAGUUAUCCUGUUUAUCACACUGUGUAUGAGACAUUUGAGCUAGUGGAAAAAUUUUAUGACCCCACCUUCAAGAAACAGCUAACAAUUGCCCAGUUACGAGGAAAACUGGUUCAUGAACUGGCAGAUUCCCAGGUCAUUCCAUUCGACUGUAGAGACUAUGGAGAUGCCUUAAAAGGAUACAGCAACAGAAUUUAUAAAUUGGCAGAGAAGCACGAAGAACAGCUGAAACUUUACAAAGUAUCAUUUGAUCCUCUUUUUUCUGCUGUGGUGAACUUCUCAAAGGCUGCUGCUGAAUUUCACAGGAGACUCGAACAAGUUGACAAAAAAGAUUCAGUUGCAGUGCGCAUCAUUAAUGAUCAGCUGAUGUUAACAGAAAGAGCUUUCACUGAUCCUCUGGGCUUGCCAGGAAGGAAGUUUUACAGACAUGUCAUCUUUGCUCCAAGCAGCCACAACAAGUAUGCAGGAGAAUCCUUCCCAGGAAUCUAUGAUGCCAUGUUUGAUAUUGAAAGCAAAGCUGAUCAACACGAAGCCUGGGAAGAAGUGAAGAGGCAGAUUUCCAUUGCAGCUUUCACAGUGCAGGCAGCAGCAGGAACACUGAAGGAAGUAGCGUAAGAUGAUGGCUUUGGAAACUCACACAGCAGAGUGUGGCACGCAGAGUUGUCAGGCUGUCGCAGAAGCCCAGUGUCCCUUACUGCCUGCCCCGCCUGAGGCUCCAGCCCCUCAAACCACAGAGUAGGUGAGCAGCUCUGUGUGUCAGAACUCCUGAGCUAGGACUUGCUGCAUCUCUGGUACCGACACAACUGUAGCUUUAUGAACAGCUAUGCAUGGAAGAAAAUUUGGUUGUGGGGAGAAGUGGGAAGUGGGGAAGCAGGAACUUCAACUAGAAUUUUCUGAGAGAUCUGCCAACUUUGAGGACUCAGUGUUUUGGAUGUACAAUUACAAAAACAAUUAUUUACCAAGCUACUUGCAAAUUUUGUCCAUAGCAGUCAUCAACAGGACACCUUUUGAGAGAAAAAAUACUCAGCCUGUCCAUUUUUCUUGUUCUGAUAGAAGACACCAAAGGCAUCCCUGCACUUCAGAAUCUAUUCUUUAGAAUUUUGAACUUUGCAUUUGCUUUCUUUUCUUAAAAAAAAUAAAAAACUGACUUUCCUACUGACUGCCAAAGCAGUACUGGCAAUUCUUGAUAAUCAAGGAAAACAGCUGCUUAUAUGCAGAAAUCCAAAAGCUCAGAGUUCUCAGUUGAGUGCAUGUGCAUCCCUCUGAAAGUCACUAUGCAUCUCCUUCCUUUAUUUCCACUUUGGAAAAUAAAGAUUUUGGGGUGUAACCGAAAGUUGACCUCCAUGCUCUUUUUGGCAGUUCCUCUAGUUCCAAACCCAUGGCAGCUUUUGUUCCUAUUUUUUCCUGGGCAAUCUAUUUUAUAUUUUUUCCAUCUGAAGGAGCUGGAGGACAUUGUUAACAGUAACAAGCAUGGGGCUUGAGAUAAUUCUCUCUUCAUAUAAGACCUGAAGAAAGUUUUCCACCAGGAGCUGAUUUUACAUUCAAAGACGAACUGAAAUGCGUAAGAAGGCCACUUGUACACAACUGUUUAAUUUGUAUAAAAAGAGAAAAAAAAAUCUUGCUUCAUUUGCCCUUUAUAUUUCUCAUCUACAUGCUUUAAAACUAAUAAAACCAGAAGAAUUUUAGUGAAUCACAUUCCAUCUUGUGGGAACUGACACCAAUUUCUCUUCUUAUGUAAAAUAUAUCACCAUUUUUCUCACAACCAUUUUGCCAAAUUGCACCAGGCUGUGGAAAUAAAAAAAAAAAAAUUUUUUUUUUGAGGAAUAGAACAGAUGUGGUACUAAAAAGGACAGAAUUAGAGAGGCACGACAGAGUUGUUCUCAUCUCAGAUUCCUUGAAUUCAAACAAGGGAACUAGAAAUAACUUCCUGUGGGAAGUUGUUUUGGGGGGUAUAUGCCACCAAGAAGAAAAGUUUUUACUAGCAUCACUUCCAAUAAGCCUCCAUGACAGAUGAGGAAUUGUGUACUUGUGGAUGGUGUUUUCAAAAAUUUACUGUUCAAUUGCUUUUUGCAGACCAAGCCUCAGGCAUGUAAGGAGGAAAUUACACUUCUACAGUACAUGGCUCUUCUGCUGGGAAGUACAAAACUGACCUUGCUAGCCCACACAUAAGAGACAGGAGUAGUUGAUACUGGGGCACAGAACAGGUGAUUCUCUUCCUCUGCUUCCAGUUCUGAAGCCCCAACAGAACUGGGAUGUGGGCAUGAAGGUGAUUAAGGGCUGCAGUAUCUCUCUCAUGAGGGUAAGACUGAGUCAGCUGGGAUUGUUCAGCCUAGGAAAGGGAAGCCUCUGGAGAGACUUUAUUUACAGCCUUCCAGUAUCUAAAGGGGCUUCAAGAAGUCUGGAGAGGGACUGUUCACAGGGGCAUGUAGUGGUGGGACAAAAGAGAAUGGCUUCAAACUGGAAGAGGGUGGGUUUAGAGUAGAAGAAAUUCACUGUGAGGGUGGUGAGGCACUGGCACAGGUUGCCCAAUGAAGCUGUGGAUGCACCAUCCCUGGGAAUGUUCAAGGCCAGGCUGGAUGGAGCUUUGAGCAACCUGGUCUAGUGGAAGGUGUCCCUGCCCAUGGCAGGGGUGUAGGAACCUAGAGGAUCUUUAGGGUCUCUUCCAACCCAAGCCAUUCUAU